AUGGCCACGUCCAUUUCAGAGGCUCAGGCUGAGCUGAUCAACUCGUUGGCUCCCGACGAUAUCCCACACAAACUGCGAUGCGCCAACUGCAGCAAACUGGCAGUCAACGCCUUAAGGCUGCCAUGCUGCGAACAAGCCAUCUGCGAAACAUGCCACUCGAAUCUCCCUCAGUCGUGCCCCGUUUGUGAACAUUCUCCGUUAUCUGCCGCGGACUGCAGCCCCAACAAAUCUCUGCGAACUACCAUCAGAGUGUUUUUGCGCACGGCGGAGAAGAAGAGAGAGGCGUCCCGAUCCAAAGAAUCUAAUGAUACCACGCCCAUCACACCGGUUGAUGCGCCGAAACCAUCGCUACCCGAUGUGAGCGCUCCUGUAGCAGAGUCGGCAGAGAAAACGGCAGACGCGAGUGGAGAUGUGCCAGUCGAAGAUGCGGCGCCGCAGAGCGCUGAUGAGCCGGCUUCUGGCCACGAAGAGAACAAGCAGCAGGAGGUGUCAUUAGACGGCACGGAAGAACCGCGAAAGGAAUCGACCGACGUCAUCGAGGCUCAGGAAGCCAAAGAUCCGAUUGUCGAGGGCGAUGACGCAGCCAAUAAUCAAGAGCAAGACGCUGCUGAAGGAGACGAUGAGAACGCUGAACAAGCUGGCGAAGGCCAAGAGCAAUUUAACGAUGCCGCAAAUGGUGGAUUUCAACAAAAUAUGAUGUUCCCUGGGGGCGGCGACUUCAACCAGAUGCAAAUGAUGAUGGCAAUGCAGAAUGGGAUGGGACCAAAUUCAUUUGGUGGGUUUCCAAUGAUGGGCAUGCCGGGGAUGGGCAUGGACCCGAUGAUGCAGAACAUGUACAUGAACGGAGGCUUUCAAGGCAUGGGCAUGAACGGCAUGGGGGGCUUUGAAGGAGGAUUUGGACAAGGCUCCAAUGAUAACUGGAACGGUGCACAAUCAUGGAAUUUCGACCAAAAUAAUUACAAUCAAAAUGGCCAAGGCAUGGGCACUGGUGACUUUGGCAAUUUUAACUCAGGAAUCCAGACAGGAUACAAUCAAGGUAAUUAUGGCCAUUUCAAUGAUUAUCGUCGCAACAACUACGGCCGUGGCCGUGGCCGCGGCCGCGGAUUCUAUGGGGGGUAUGGCCGAGGGGGCUACCACCAGUAUGGCGGUGCUAUGACAAAUUAUCAUGACCAAGGCCACUAUUCCCAGUACAACCAAGGACAAGGGGCAGCCGGCUUCCAGAGCCAGGGUGAUCUUGGACAUCAAGCAACACCCAUGGCGGCAGGUGCUCAACUUGACGAGAAUGGCAACGAAAUUGCGAGCCAAGCCAAGACAUCAGACGGCGAAGGCGGUGGUAACGUUGAUGGCGCCAAACAGGAUCCUUCCGAGUCUGCAUCUCGUGAAAACUUAGGCAAUGAAGCGUCAUCUGGAGGUGUUCCGCGCCCGACAACCAUGGCUCAACCAGAUGGAUCUAGUAUGCAGAACCGAAAUGGCGUAGCUGCCAUCCGCUCCAUUUUGACAGCCCCAGAUGCACCAAUCAACGCCCCCAAGGGCCCUAAAGCUAUGCGCCAGGGCCUUCCUAAUACUAGUCUACUGAAUCUGCGAGCCAGAGGUUUCCAGAUUGAAGAUAGUGGUUUGCCAGUACAAAAACCUGUUGCUAUUACAUCUCAGCCGCCACAGGCGCCGCCGCUAUCGAAUCCAGCUACUCAGCCAGGCUCUAGAAGUAGUACUCCUAACCCUGACAAAGUGCGAGAUCGUGAUGCCCAUCGUGAUCGCAGCAAGGAGCGGCCCAAGGAUCACGAUAAGCGUGAAAGAGGAGUGGCGUCUGAAGAGUCCCAUAUCGCGCAAGAGAGAGACCGAGACAGAGACCGAGUAGAUCGCGAUCGCGGCAAAGAGCUAGAGCGUUCCGGCUCCAGAGUUAGUAGUAGAAGCCGAAGUAUAGAUCGCAGCAGCCGCAGUCCGAGCCGCAGCCGUGGUCAUAGGAGCUCCCACAGACGGCAACGGCGGCAACGCUCCGAGUCUGUAGACGCGGAUGAUAAAGAUGACUCUUACCGCCGGAAAAAACACCGGAGCAGUAGAAGGCAUUACUACGACGAUGACGAUGACCAGCCGUCUCAGCGGUCCAAGGAUGAUAAGGCGGCUGAAAGGUCAAGGUCAGGCUCCCCAGAUGAUGGUAAACGUUCAAGCUAUCGCAGCCGUAAAGACAAGGACAAAGACCGAGACUACGAACGGCGUAAAGACAAGUACCGAGCAGAAGAAGACGACGACCGCCAGAGAUCGAACCAUCGCUCUUCCCACCGUGACCGAGGAGAUUAUGAGCACUCCUCUAGACGUUACGACAAGGAGAGAGAGCGUGAUAAGGAUAGCAGCAGCAGUCGGAAAGAAAAAGACCGCAAAGAUCGAUAUCGAGACCGAGACCGAGACCGUGAACGCGACCGCGACCGCGAUCGGGAUCGGGAUCGUGAUAGGGAGUACAGCAGUAGGCACGGCAGCAGCAGCAGGAAGCACUCCGUCGAUGGCACUGCCGCCUCGAGUGGUGGCGACAAGGGAUUUGAUCCGCCUACGGGUCCGCGUGGAUUUGACAUCAAAGGAGGCUCUCGCGGUACUGGGGCGGCCUCAGCGCCACAGAAAGAUGCACAUACUCUGGAACGGGAAGCGCGAAACCGUGAGCGUUUGCUUAAAGAAGCCCAGCGCAUGGCUGGCCUCGCUGGCUUAGCGGGCUCAAAACGCAGUCGAGAUGAUGCCGAUGAUGGCGGCCGCAAGGGGCGACGCAGUCGGCGGAACGACGUUGUUGAUGGUGAUAGCGAAGAACGCAUGCGAAGGUUGGAGGCUGAGAGAGAGGGAGGACGAUGGGGUUAG